AUGUCCUCUGAUGAGGACGAGAACCUUGAUAAUGCCAUGUUUCAAGAGCCCGAUGACUACUUCCAGCCCGAGAAGCCAUAUACACACACCGACUACACGCUGCUCUCUGGACAAAAGCUACGCCUGCGCCUCGUAGGGCACAAUCCCUUGUGGGGUCACUACCUCUGGAACGGCAGCCAAGUCCUCUCCACCUACCUCCAACAGCAUGCCCCCACCCUAGCCCACGGUAAAACGAUCCUCGAGCUAGGCGCUGGCGCUGGCCUCCCGAGCCUUGUGGCAGCCAUACUCGGUGCCCAGAAGGUGGUCGUGACAGACUACCCGGAUGCAGAGUUGAUCGACAAUCUCGCACAGAAUAUCGCUACCUGCUCUCUACUGCCGCAGCCUGCUACUACCGUUGCCGCCGAGGGAUACCUCUGGGGCUCCUCCACCGAAUCUGUCCUCGCACAUCUACCGCUAUCCCAUCAAGGAUUCGACAUCCUGCUCUUAGCAGACCUCCUUUUCAAUCACUCCUGCCACGACGCCCUCGCGUCAACCAUCGUUGGGACGCUAGCUCGCACCCCUGACGCUCGAGCUCUGGUCUUCUUUACGCCCUACAGGCCAUGGCUACUCGAGAAAGAUAUGGCGUUUUUCGAUCUAUGCAGAGACAAGGGUCUGGAGGUGGACAAAGUGGUAGAGGAGGUGAUGGAGAAGGUCAUGUUCGAGGAAGACAAGGGAGACGAGCUGCUGAGGAGGACAGUGUUUGGGUAUGAAGUGAGGUGGAAUGAUUUAGUUAAGACACACCGAUGA